UUCUUUUACCGCUCCACUAAUUACUAAUUGCUGCCACCCUGCAAUCCUGUUACCCGAUCUCCCCUAUUUUAACCCCAUUCGUUCUCUUCUCUCCCCCAUUCCCCUGGCCUGCCUUCCACCAGAUCCUAUUACGUCCCUCCCCUCCGGUUUUCCUAGCCAGAUUGCUUAUUCCAGUUUGGUUUAGUCUACAUAAUAUUACACUGAUAUAAUUGUGAUAUCAGUCAUGAAACACAUGCAUCUUAUUGUGGAGUAUCAGCAGUUGCUGAACAAUCUUAUGGUGGCCUCUGUAAUUUGAGGACAAUUGAGUCUAUGCAUGUUACACUGAGUAACCAGGAGAUCUGUCAAUAAGAUAUGGGAUGUGAAUGGUGAAUCUUUGAACUGAAACCAGAAACAGAUGGAGUCUUGUGGGCCUUUCAUUUUGGGGAACCCCCCGAGACAUCACCCGCUGACUCCAUUGAGGGCAUUUAGAGGUGUAUUGUGUUUAGUAAUACUUCUCUUGACUGCUUUUAUGAUGGUUGUUUAUUGCGCCCCUGUGACCACUAUCUUGCUGCGGCUCUUCAGCGUUCAUUACAGCAGGAAAGCAACUUCUCUUUUCUUUGCUACAUGGUUAUCUCUGUGGCCCUUUCUGUUUGAGAAAAUCAACAAGACCAAGGUGAUUUUUUCUGGUGAAACUUUGCCCAUGAGAGAGCGAGUUCUGCUUUUUGCUAACCACAGAACUGAAGUUGACUGGAUGUACAUAUGGGAUCUUGCAUGGAGGAAGGGUCGCUUGGGAUAUUUGAAAUAUAUCCUCAAGGGCAGCUUGAUGAAAUUACCGAUAUUUGGUUGGGCAUUUCAGAUUUUGGAGUUCAUUGCAGUGGAGAGAAAAUGGGAAAUUGAUGAAUCAAUUAUGCGUAAGAAGCUUUCAAGUUUUGAAGAUCCUCAAGAUCCUCUUUGGCUUGUUAUUUUUCCCGAGGGAACCGACUACACUGAGAAGAAGUGCAUCAAAAGUCAACAGUUUGCAGCUGAAAAUGGUUUGCCAAUUCUCAGAAAUCUGCUUAUUCCGAAAACAAAGGGGUUCUUUGCAUGUUUGGAAGUUUUAAGAAACUCCUUGGAUGCAGUUUAUGAUGUCACUAUUGGCUACAAGCAUCGCUGCCCAACUCUUAUUGAUAAUAUCUUCGGUGUGGAUCCUUCUGAAGUCCAUAUUCAUGCCCAACGGAUUCUUCUCUGUGAGAUCCCAACAUCUGAAAAUGAGGCAGCUAAGUGGCUGAUAGCGAGGUUCAGGGUCAAGGAUGAACUCCUAGCUGAUUUUACCACUCUUGGAUAUUUUCCUAAUCCAGGAACCGAAGGAGAUCUUUCUACAUUGGCCUGCCUAGCAAAAUGCUCCUUGGUAAUGGUUCUAACUGGCACUUUCAUGUACUUGACGCUUUUCUCAUCUAUUUGGUUCAAGAUUUAUGUAGCAUUCAGCUGUGCUUCUCUUUCGUUUGCAACCUACUUCAACGUACUACCCUCACCGCUACAUGAUUGUACCAAGGCAUUGUUCUACGGCAAGAUGAAAACUAUGUAGAUUUUGUCAUGUAAGCCUUAUGAUUUAUCUUAUUCGACUGCAGAAUAUUAAUGGUAUUACUUUAGGCUGCUAACUUCUA